AUGAGACUAAAUCUGAGGUUUUUUCGUUUUUUCCUACUCUGCAGCUCAUUAAAACUCAAGCUUAUCUUAGUUCUGUCGCUGUCCACCAUGAACGUGUUUUGGUGUUAUCCGGUUCCAUCUUCUAAGGUGUCUGGAAAAUCUGAUUACUUUCUCAUCCUGCUGAACAGCUGCCCAACUAGGCUGGACAGGAGCGAGGAACUAGCUUUUCUAAAGCCAAUUUUGGAGAAGACUUUUAUGAAAAGGUCCUUUCGCAAUGGAGUUGGCACAGGGAUGAAAAAAACUUCCUUUCGAAGAGCAAAAUCAUGA